AUGUCUCGGCCCGCCACAGUGCUGGGCGCCAUGGAGAUGGGCCGCCGCGUGGACGCGGCCGCAAGCGCCAAGGCCGUGCGUGCUUUCUUGGAGCGCGGCCACACGGAACUGGAUACGGCCUUCGUGUACAGCUACGGCCGGUCCGAGAGCAUUUUGGGAUGCCUGGGCCUCGUGGGCGGCAGCGGCUGCAGAGUGAAAAUUGCCACCAGGGCCAGCCCUUGGGAUGGGAACUCACUGAAGCCUGACAGUCUCCGGUCCCAGCUGGAGACAUCGCUGAAACGAUUGCAGUGCACCCAGGUGGAUCUCUUCUACCUACAUGCACCUGACCACAGCACCCCUGUGGAAGAGACACUGCGCGCCUGCCACCAGCUGCACCAGGAGGGCAAGUUUGUGGAGCUUGGCCUCUCCAACUAUGCCUCCUGGGAGGUGGCUGAGAUCUGUACCCUCUGCAAGAACCACGGCUGGAUCCUGCCGACGGUGUACCAGGGCAUGUACAGUGCCACCACCCGGCACGUGGAAAGGGAACUCUUCCCCUGCCUCAGGCACUUUGGAUUGAGGUUCGACGCCUUCAACCCUUUGGCUGGGGGCCUGCUGACUGGCAAGUACAAGUACGAGCACAAGGAUGGGAAACAGCCUUUGGGCCGCUUCUUUGGGAAUAACUGCGCUGAGAUCUACAGGAAUUGCUUCUGGAAGGAGCACCAAUUCAAGGCCAUUGCCCUGGUGGAGAAGGCCCUGCAGGCUGCUUAUGGCCCCAGUGGCCCCAGCAUGACCUCAGCCACCCUGUGGUGGAUGUACCACCACUCCCAGCUCCAGGGUGCCCAUGGGGAUGCGGUCAUCCUGGGCACGUCCAACCUGGAGCAGCUGGAGCAGAACUUGGCGGCAAGUGAGGAAGGGCCCCUGGAGCCUGCUGUUGUGGAUGCCUUUGAGCAAGCCUGGCACCUUGUUGCCCGUGAAUGUCCCAACUAUUUUCACUAGACCCAGACCUGACUUACGUAGUAGAGAGCAUCCUCCCUCGGUCACUUCUUUCAUUCUCUCACCCCAGCCAUUUUUGCCUUAACUGCUUUAGCUUGUCCUUUCCUCAUCACCCCAGUUCACAAACAUUUUUUUUUCUGUAUUCUUGCAGUCCUCCCUCACAAUGUGAAACAGCUGAGGCUGAGCUCUACCCUGGCACUUCCUGUCUCAAUAAAGCAGGCAAUGGCCUGGUUGUAGUCCAGGCCUGGAGUGAGGCUGGUACAUGUUUCCUCGGCUCCGCUUCCCAUCUUGGCUAAGGGCUUGGUG